CCUGGCCUGGGCUGGCAUGUAACAGACCCUCCCCGUGAUACAUAGCAAAGAAGCCCUAAAUAAAUACAAGCUUCCUGCUCCCACAGCCCCCUGUGCAACUUUCACGUUCCUUUGAAUUUUUGUCCAAUUUGCUACGUCUAAAACUAGUAUAGUUCUUUUGUUUGUGUUCUUGAUUUUCAUUUCUCCCACUCACCAUGAAAUUCUCCCUCACCCUCCUCGCCACUGCGGCCCUGACAGCCACGGGGGCCCUUGCCUUCCCGCACGGCACCACCGAGAUGGCCAACAUGAACAUGAGCGCGAUGGAGGACAGUCCCGACAGCGCCACGCAGACUUCGCCGCAGGACUCCUCGUCGUCACCUUCCUCCAAGCCCAGCAGCAGCAGCAGCAGCAGCACUCCCAAGCCAAGUAAGACGGCCGGUACCCCGGAUGAAAACGACGAAGAUUUUCUCACGGGUCUUUUGGGCAAUCUCGGUCUGGGUGGUCUGGGGCUUUUUUAGCUCGGCUAAGACUUGGGGCAUUCGGGUUGAGAAUGAGUUUAGGGUAAUUGGAUUGUGGGGAGAUGGGCUCGAGAGAGAUAGAGGAAAGAAGAGCAUUAGCGGCAAGGGAAGGGGGCUGGUUUCAUUAUUUUUUUCCGUGGGAACUCUUCAGUAUCUAAUUCCAAACAUUAUGUCCGAAUCUAUGAAAUUACGCCGAAGUGACUCUGGUGUGUUUCAGGGUGGCUUUGAGUAA